CAUUUUGAAACUGCAGCGCUGGUUCGGUAUGUGGAUUGGGCGAUACACACUUGGUACACCUCCUCAGCUGACAAUCUGCUUGUCUUUUCCUAGUUCAAAAACAUAAGUUCCCCACCGAUAAUCAUACACUCCCUUUUGCGUUUUGCAGGCCAAAGCCCAAAUCCAUCUAAUAUAUACAACUCACCAUCGCAAACUUCUUCAUUAUCCAAGAAUGAUCUUCACUACAUCUCGUUUAUUUGCCCUGUUUUGUCUUUGGACGAGCUUCUUCGCGGUGGGAGCCUUGCCUGCUCAUAGCCGUGAACGGCGCACCGGUAGUGGAGUUGGUACCUCGCACACUAGUGGUACUAAGGCUCCCAGUACUGAUACAAAAUCCGGAGACGAAAAGGUGCCUGUCCAACUGUGGGUAAAUCACGAAGGCCAGUCCGAUGAACACUGGGUUCUGGUAAUCGACAAGGUCUACGGUUUCCAUGCCAUAGCACCUGAAGAGAAACCAGCGAAACCAGGACAGUUGGAAUUCAAAUCCGGUCUUGACCCUCAGGCCAAGUUGAAACCUCAGCAGCUUGCCUACCGUCCAGAAAAAGCGGACAAACUUAUGAAUCUCGACUGUGAUGCGACGUUCAAAGACCAGGCUGACAUGACGAAGGUUUUUGGUGAGCUUGUCACUAAGAUCGAUAUGUCGAAGCCGGCGGAUGAGGUAGGAGGUAAUUGUAUGGAUUAUGUCAAGAUGGCUCUGGAGUUCCUUCAAAAGGGGGACUAUAUUACUUCCGUCCCGAAAAUAUUCACGACUUAUUAUAAUAAGAAUUAUAAUGCGGUGAGGAAGGAGGUUUAUCUUGGUGGCAGUAGUGAUGAAUCCACUGAAGAGAGUGAGUGAGGAAGAGAUGGCGCUUGGAGAAGGUUAUAAUAUUGUGAUAAUACGUUUCUGUUCCUCAUUUCACUCUUCAUUGAUGAUAUUAAUGAAAGUUGAAUGGAUGCUCCAAAAUUGAACGGAUCAAGAAUCGGAUUCCCGAGCUGAAAUUCUUCCGUCG